AUGGAUACUCCCGGCGACCAGCUGCACAAGAGGCACCAACAGAGACACGGGAAAUCGGAGAAGAAGAAGAAGAACCGAUUGAGGGGAAAAGAUGGAAAGACAGCAGAGAAGCAACACAACCCGCGGGCCUUCACCUUCAGCGGAGGUGUUGUCUCUGUUCAGAGGAAGGUUCAGCGUUCUCUCGAUAAACUGGCAUUGAAGGAACGCGAAGAGAAAACAGACAAAACUCCAGAUAUCCCGCCUCCCUACGUCGUGGUCGUUCAAGGCCCUCCCGGGGUCGGGAAAACAACCUUGAUCCGCUCCCUGGUGAAGCACUACACCCGCCACUCUCUCCAAAUCGUCCAGGGUCCGGUGACGCUAGUCGCCUCCAAGCAGCGCAGGCUCACCUUCGUGGAAUGCAGCGGGACGGACGUGCGUCAGAUGCUCGAUCUCGCCAAGAUCGCGGAUCUCGUUCUCCUCCUCAUUGAUGCAGAUUUCGGGUUUGAGAUGGAGACGUUUGAGUUCAUCAACAUCCUCCAGGUCCACGGUUUUCCGCGCGUCAUCGGCGUCCUGACCCACUUGGACAAGGUGGAGGAUCGCCACAACCAGAAGGCGCUUCGCCGGUGCAAGAAGCAGCUAAAGUCGCGUUUCUGGACGGAAAUCUACGAAGGCGCCAAGCUCUUCUACCUGACGGGACUGCAGUACGGCAGAUACAAGAAGCGAGAAAUCCUCAAUUUGUCGCGAUACAUUGCAGUUCAAAAGUUCGCCCCGCUCUCCUGGCGGUCGGCUCACCCCUACCUCCUCGCGCUGCGGUGUGAACCGGACUGCGGGUCUGCGAAUGCCGCAGAAGAUGGCGAGGAAAACGGGGAAAGAGAGGCGCCAGACGGCAACGGCGCUCCGCCACCGUCUCCCGCGUCUUCCUCGUGCGUCUUUUACGGCUACGUACGCGGGUCGGUUCUGCGCCAAGGCCAGUGGGUCCACAUUCCUGGAGCCGGCGACUUCCAAAUCUCUUCCCUCUCCUGCUGUCCAGAUCCCUGUCCUCCGCCGCAGGGCGCUCUGCCUGCUUCAGAAGGACCAUCCGAUGAGGAGGGCGAAGGUGGCGACGCCCAGACGGCAGGCCUGGAAAGUGGAGACGCGAAGCGGCGCCGACGGCCCCGAUCCCUCAAGGAACAGCAGAGAGCGAUAUAUGCGCCGGGGUGCGACGUCGGAAAUAUCCGCGUCGACGCAGAUGCCAUGUACAUACAUCUGCCUGACACGAAGGUGUCGUUCACUCGCCCGGAACUGCUGAUCAAAGAGCGCGCGGAGAAGAAGCGGCAAGGCAGUUCUCGAGACCAGUCAACCGCUGACGAUUCAAAAGACGAAGACGAGUCCGAUGACGAGUCCGAAGACGAGUCCGACGACUCGAGUGAGGAAGAUGAAGACGGCGUUGAUCUGGGUGCGGGGAAGAGACCCGUGUUUUCAAAGAAGGAAAAGCAAGACGCGGGGGAAGCGAUUCGAAUGGUGCGGCAGCUGCAAGAAGCGGAGACGUUUAUCGACAAGCAGCUGCAAACGCAGGAACUCCGCCUUCUCCCGCACUCCACGCAGGCGCUGACGACGGAGAGCAAAACACGCCAACUCGUCCCUGCGGCAGAAGAGGAAGGCAGCGAGGACGAGGAAGAGACAGGCAGUGAGGACGAGGAAGUCGAGCACGAAGGGCGGCACAGACGGCGCGCGCCGAUGCCUCCACGGAGAGAACCGGAAGAAAACGAAGGCGGGGAGUCGGACUCUGACUCCGAUGAUGCCGAGGACCAAGAAGAGAGUGACACUGAAAGAGAAGAUGACGAUGAAGAGGAGGAAGAGGAGAAGGAGUUCGAUCCUUCCGAUGAAAAUGACGAGAUAGCCGCGGUCCACGAAGCAGCCCGCAAAAGGUUUGCACGUCCGCCGUCUUUGAAGGAGAUCAUUUAUUUCGGUCGAACAGAAGCUGGAGAAGAGAGCGCGUCCGAGAGGCCACGCAGUCUGAGGCGCGCAGGCUCGGAGCCGGGGCUACGCGGGGAGAGAGGCGGGCCAGAGCGAGGGAAGACCGGCCUGUUUGCGUCGGGGAAAGAAGACCGCACCAUCCCUCUCUUUGAAGACGAAGAGGAAGAGGAAACCAGAGAAGAAAGCGGUCCCAAGGGGGGGUUACUCGGCAACCUGCCUCCGGUCCUUCCGUCGGUUUUGAGACAACAAGUGGAGCAACGCCGAGACGACGGGCGACUGCCCAUGGAUGAAGACAGUGCGUUUAUCCCUGACCCCGUGAUGUAUGCGGCAGUUGGCGGAGAGGCGGAGAACGGCGAAGAAGAAAAAGACUUCUGGUCUCCGGACCGUCUUGAAGAGAUUAAAGCUCGUUUCUUUAUCACAGGCGGAUGGAGCAGCGCAGAGGAAGAAGAGAAGAAGAAAGCGGCAGAAGAGCGGCCGCCUCAGACAGAGGAGGAAGCGGAAGAGGCGAAGCGGAAACACCAGGCAGAGCAGAAGCGACUCCAGGAGGAAUCGCGGCGGCUUCAGAUGCGAGAUCAGGCGACCGACGGCUCUGUGUCCUUUUCUUCCUCCUCGGAACACCCGUCGGGAGCGUGCGCAAGUAUCGGGAGUUUCGUCCGCGUUUGUGUCGAGCGCCUUCCUCGAAGCUGGCUGGACGGCCUAUCCGCCAAUCGCCCAGUUCUGCUCGGGGGGCUCUGUGCUGGGGAACAAGCGAAAACGUUUAUCCAGGUCCGAGUCAAGAAACAUCGGUGGUUUCCGCGUGUGCUGAAGAGCGACGACGUUCUCCUGUUUAGUGCAGGGUGGAGGCGGUUCCAGUCUCUUCCCAUGUAUGCGCUGGAGGAUCGGAGCAAUGCUAGAGUGCGUUACCUGAAAUACACACCAGAACAUCUCCAUUGUCUUGGCUAUUUCUGGGCUCCUGGCCUGCCUCCGGCGACGCCAAUUUUGGCCAUCCGAGACACUCGGGCAACGGCGAAUUUCCGCAUCAGUGCGACGGGCCUGGUUCUCCAGACGAGUCCCUCGGUGGAGUUGAGCAAGAAGCUGAAGCUUCUCGGAGAGCCGAAGAAAAUCUUCAAAAACACCGCCUUCAUCAAGAAUAUGUUUAACUCCGACCUUGAAGUCAACAUGUGCAUGGGUGCCAAGAUCCAAACAGUUUCGGGUAUUCGCGGCCAAGUGAAGAAGGCGCUUGGAACGGACGGAACGUUUAGGGCGACAUUCGAAGACAAGAUCCUCAUGUCUGACCUGGUUGUCUGUAAAACAUGGAUUAAGCUGCAACCACGGCAAUUCUGCAAUCCAGUGCUGGAUGUCGAAGGAUGGCAGCGGCUCCGAACGCAGGCAGAAAUUCGACAGGCCUUCCAGUUGCCGACACCGACGAAACCCGGCAGUCACCCAGACGGCGGCUUGGCCGCUCUUCAGGCUGCCCGAAGAUCCAAGGAAUUCAACCCAAUUCGAGUUCCCAAGCAGCUCAUGCUGAAACUCCCUUUCCAUGCUCGCACGAAAUUGCAGCAUGCAACGUCGAAGCUCCGCAAGCUGAAAGGCAAGGCGCUCGAAGAGGAACUCGAUCUUCGGAAACCGCUGGUGAGCGCAUAUGACAGGCGCGUGGCAGCGCUCCUGCAGCGAUUGCAGACAAUCAAGAAUGCUCGCGUGGAGAAGCGAAAGGAACAACAAAAAGAAAAACGUUUGAAGGUGGCGAAAGUGGCUGCGAAGAAGGAGGAAGAACGUGCGAGGAAACAGACAGAGAUGCGGAAGCGGCGCUAUGUCAAACAGGGGAAAAUUGAACUUGGCAUGCGAAAGAAAAUGCGGCUGGGAGGUGGGGGCAAGGGAGACAGAAAUGAAGACGACUGA